AUGGGCGGCGGAGGAGGCCUCCGCAACGGGCCAAUCAGGGCGGUACGGAGAUGGUGACCAAUCAGCAGAUGCCGCUGCCGGCUUUAUAAACUUCACAUAGUAUACUCCGACUGUAAAAGAAGGAAGCUAGCUAGCGCCAUGGCCAGAACCAAGCAAACCGCUCGCAAAUCCACCGGUGGCAAAGCACCCAGGAAGCAGCUCGCCACCAAGGCUGCGCGCAAGAGCGCCCCGGCCACCGGUGGCGUGAAGAAGCCUCACCGUUACAGGCCCGGCACCGUGGCUCUUAGAGAGAUCCGUCGUUACCAGAAGUCCACUGAGCUGCUGAUCCGCAAACUGCCUUUCCAGCGCCUGGUGCGAGAAAUUGCCCAGGACUUUAAGACCGACCUGUGCUUCCAGAGUUCCGCAGUGAUGGCCCUGCAGGAGGCAAGCGAGGCUUACCUGGUCGGCCUGUACGAGGGCACCAACCUGUGCGCCAUCCACGCCAAGAGGGUGACCAUCAUGCCCAAGGACAUCCAGCUGGCCCAUCGUAUUCGCGGAGAGCCCGCAUAA